AAACAAGAUGGCGGCUUGGUUGCUAUCACUUGAUCUUCCCUUAUCUUUAGGACGAAAUGUUCUUGUAGGAGUCUCAAUUGGCCUGGGAAUAGGCAUUGGUAUUGGCGCGGGAAUGGCUGCUUCAAGAAGAAUGUUCACUGCGAAAGUUCAGGAUCAAAAUCUUGUAGUUCGUGUUACUGAGUUGACAGAAGAAAUAAGAGAACUUCGUUGUGUUAUGGUUAGACUUGAAGUCACGUUUAGUGAAACUAGAAAUAAACGAAUUGUUCCUCUGAACGAUCAACCAACUGUCCUACAAAGUGACGAGGAAACAGAAGAAGAUGAAUAUUAUGAAAUGUCUGGCGAGGAGCCAUCUUCAAGUGUGUCUGAUAUCGACCAGCUCAAGACAGUCAUUGAUGAAGUAGAGCGACUUCACUCAAAUAAUAAUGCUGAAGACAAGCGUAAAAUACAUAAACUCCUGCAGGAAUGUGUUCAGGUACUGCUUGAUCAUACAUUAUUCUAAAUCAAACAAUUACUUCAAAUUACUUUUUAUGUAUAUAAAAGAAGACAGAGAAAGUUAGCGCUUUAAAUUUUUACAAGAUACUGACCAGGGCUAGCAUUAAGUUUUGAUUCACUUGUAGCCUUGAUCUUCAUACCCGUAACAAAUUUGUUACCUUUAGAGUGAAUUGUAUCAAUUGCAAGUAAGUUCACAUGUAACAUUUAGGGCCCAUCAAACAUAGCAGGUGUUACGGGUUAGAAAUUCAGUCUUGUUUAUAAAAUAAAAGUAAACAAAAAUGUUGGUAUGGUAACAUCUUUUGCUAAAAAACCUAUUAUUCUAUGGUCAAACACCUAUGUGAUCAUUAUGGUGUAGCUAGGUAAAAAUCAAUUAUUGCCUUUAUACACGUGAAGUUUUAUUUU